CACCAGCGGGAGGCAGAAAUGCAGCAACACUGCCUAGUCUGCUGGGAAUGGACAGAAGAAGAAGAGGAACACUGCCGGAAUUCUGAGGAGGAGGAGGAGAAGAAGAAGAAGAAGAAGCAGCAGCCCACCGUUCGUAUUUUACCGAACUAAACACCGGAGCAGUCAGCAGAGUGGAGCCGUUAGCCGGAUCCAAAUAACGGCAGAACCCCCCCGAGGAGUAUUAGUCUGCUGCUCAGACAUGGACCGACACCGGAAACAGCUGGAGGUGGUUUUAAAACCGGAGACGAAGCCGCGAGGAGACGUCCAGCAGCUGUUGGUGGUUAAAGCAGAGGUUCCCCCUGAGCAGCAGGAGUGGAGCUCCAGUAUGGACCGGGAGGAGCCAGAGCCCUCACACAUUAAAGAGGAGCAGGAGGAACUCUGGAUAAGUCAGGAGGGAGAGCAGCAGCUUCAAGGGCUGGAGGAGGCUGGUCUCACCAAGUUCCCUUUCACUCCUGUCCCUGUGAAGAGUGAAGAUGAUGAAGAGAAAGCUCAGUCCUCACAGCUUCCUCAAAGACAAACUGAACAGAUGGAGAUAGAAGCUGAUGGGGAGGACUGCAGAGGACCAGAACCAGCCACAAACUCGGAUCCAGAUGCACGUUCACAACCAGAUACUGACGACAAGGCUGGAGACUCUUCUGAACCCGAGACUGAUGACAGCGCCGAUUGGAAGGAGACCAGAUUACCUCGGUCAGGUUUAAACUCUCUGAAAAAUGACUCGAGAUGUAAGGCUGGUGAAAAAACUCUCAGCUGCUCUGAGUGUGGGAAAAGAUUUGUCACCAAGACACACCUGAAGAUACACAUGAGGUCGCAUACAGGAGAGAAACCCUUUAGUUGCUCCAUUUGUGGGAAAAGCUUUUGCAUCAUUGGACAUUUGAAGGACCACACAAGACGCCACACCGGUGAGAAACCAUUUCAGUGCUCUGAAUGUGGGAAAACAUUUGUAACAAAGUCCCAUCUGAAGAGACACGCGAGAAUCCACACAGGAGAGAGACCCUUUAGCUGCUCAGAAUGCAGCAAAACCUUCAGUGGAAGCGGAAACCUGAAGACGCACAUGAUAACUCAUACAGGAGAAAAGCCUUUCAGUUGUUCCUUCUGCAUGAAGUCGUUCACACAGAGCGGUACGCUAAAGGAACACGUGAACAUCCACACGGGAGAGAAACCUUUCAGCUGCUCAGUGUGCGGUAAAGCUUUCCGUGGGAGGGGGAAUCUGAAAAAGCACAAGAGAAUCCACACAGGCGAGAAACUUUUCGGCUGCAGCGUUUGUCACAAAAGAUUUGCCUGGGCCGAACAGGUCAAAAGGCAUAAAUGCGUCGGGCGCCAGUCCUCACAGCUUCAUCAAAGACCAGCUGAACAGACGAAAACAGCGGCUGACGGAGAGGGCCGCGGAGGACCAGUAGCAGCCCGGAACUCAGAUCCAGAUACACGUUUACAGUCGGACAACGAAGACAAUGCAAAUGACUCUUCCGAACCUGAGACUGAGAAACACCGGAAGGAUCCCGAAAGUAACCCAUUUCGUUGCUCCGUGUGUCCUAAAACAUUCAAUCGCAGGGAUAAUUUGAAUAAACACAUGAGAACUCACACGGGAGAGAAGCCGUUUAGUUGCUCGUUGUGCGGUAAAAUGUUUUGUCAAAAAGCAGGCCUGGACUACCACUUGAAAACGCACACCGGAGAGAAACCGUUUAGCUGCUCAGUUUGCGGCAAGGCGUUUAGGAACAAAGGAGCCGUGACGUACCACAUGGUGAAACACACCGGGGUGAAAGCAUUCAGCUGCGGCGUCUGUGGCAGGAGAUUCUUUUGGCGUUUUCAGCUCAAACGCCACAAGUGUCUCGGGGAGUUUGCGCAGCGUGGAAGAAGGAGAAUUAGCUUUAACGUAGCGAACCGUGAAGGGCCAGAAGCAGCCAGACCUUCAACACCAGUUGCCAAUAAAACGACAGAACUGGCCUCUGAAGCUGACGACAGCGAUGACAUUGGGUUUUGGAAAGAGACCAGACAACAUAAGUCAGGGUUCACUUAUCAGAGAUCUAAAAAAGUUCCCGCAAGCAAUGGAUGUAACGCUGGUGGCGCUGGUGACAAGGUUAAAACCGAAGCCAGGACUGAUGAAAGCGGCGUUUUUUGCAAACUGACCGGCCAACCUCAGUCCCGUCUAGAACUUCUGAAAACCGAGCACGUCUCUGUCAGCGAUACAGGACGCGAUACUCACACGAAGCCGUUCAGCAUCUCCGAGUAUCGUGAAAGAUGCGAAGACGGUUGCGCUCUGCUGACGCACAAGAACAAGGAAGGACUUGCGACGGGGGGACGUCUGACGAGACCCACAUCUGUCCACGGCAAAGAAAAAACACCUGGGUGCAUCGUUUGUGAGAAAAGCGUCACUUUAAAGUCGCAGGUCGUAAGCCACCAGUGUGUUGGGGCGAUCUCCCAGCUUCAUACUGCCAACAAACUGUUCAGCAGCUCUCAGGCGCAGGUUCCCACAGGACUUCACACAGCACUGAUCCACAGUAGUCAUACAGGAGAGGAGCAUUUUCCAGAACGAGGAAGUCUGAGCCAAGACCUAGUGGUCCACACCGGGGUACGCAUGGGGGUAAAGCAGGAGGACCCGGAGCCCCCACACAUUAAAGAGGAACAGGAGGAACUCCGGGUCAGUCAGGAGGGAGAGCAGCUUCAAGGGCUGGAGGAAGAGACUGAUAUCGCCAAGUUCCCAUUCACUCCUGUCCCUGUGAAGAGUGAACAUAAAGACUUUGCCGCAAAUGUUGACCAAUAACCAGAGCCACCGACCUAGCGGGUUGACGUAACACACCUACGUCGCCAAAUUCAUUACCUUUGUUUCUGGUACGAAGACGAGACGCGUGUGACUCGGAACGCCUCGCGUUAUUGACAAAGCAUACAGCCAAAGAACAAUUCAGAUCGUCCUGCCAACCCGUACGCAUUUUAACAUCAAAGUACGCUGUAACAAUUUGUCACUCUGAAGUCGCUAAAAGCUGCUGGUGUUUCA